AUGGGAAAACGUCGGCGGCUGCUGGAGCCUGAUGGCCGCGGCGGCGAGAUCCCUAGCGAGCUGCUGCAGGAGAUCCUGGUGAAGCUGCCGACGAAGGACGUCGCCCGGUCCUGCUGCGUCUCGAGGCUAUGGCGCGGCGUCCUCAGCGACCCCUCCUUCCGCAGCCUCCAUGCCGCCACCUACGUCGCGCCCGCCGCGGAGGUCCUGCUCGUCUCCGAGUCGCGCGAGCCGGACGAGGCCAGCUUCUCCCGCAUGUCCUCGGGCAAGAUCAUGGCCAUGCGCUCCGUCGCCAUCCCCGGCGACUACGGCCUCGCCAACGUCUGCAACGGCCUCCUCUGCUUCGUCCACCGCCACAACGCCCAGGCGCCGGCGCUGGUGUGCAACCCCGUCACCGGCGAGACGCUGGCGCUCCCGGAACCGCCUCCGCUCGCCGCCGAGGGCAACACGCAGCAUCUCUUCGCCCUGGGGUUCAGUCCUCCCACCAAGGAGUACAAGCUGUUCAGGCUCUCAUCCACGUCCGUGGACGUCUACACCCUGGGCGACACCAGAGGCUGGCGCCGGCACACGCACCUCUCGCUGCCUCAUCCAACCAAGAUCACGGCCUGGGCGCCACGGCUGAUCGCCGGCAAGCUGUACCUGCUCACAACCGGUUGGAAUCGAGUGCUGGUGGUCGACGUGGCUACCGAGGCGUGCCGAGCACACCGUCUCCCGGCGCAGGGGAUCAUCGCCUAUGAUAUGCAUAUACCGCGGGUGGGCGCCUUUGAGCUCGACGACCGACUGUGCUUCGCACUGCACACCGUCGGCAUACCCACGGUCCUCCAAUUUUGGGUCAUGUCGCCGCCGGAGGACGGGAAGCCGCUGCGGUGGGAUCGGCGCUACUGCUUUCAGAUCAACGAGGCUUUCAACCACUUGGGGCCAUGGAGUGCAUGGAUCGACGAUGGCGAGAUGCUCUGCUACAUGCACGGCGACACUCUGCACAUGUAUGGCACGAGAGGACGCUCGCCGCAGCCGGUUCUCGGCGAGAUUCAGUGGUUGCAGUGGGACCAGCGGCUCCACAUCCCAGAGUUCCCAUUAUGGUGGGAAACUUCGAAAUGUCAAUGGAACAUCCACGGGGGUUACCACCCCACCCUUCUCUCGCCUCUCGUCUUUGCAUUGCCGCCUUCCCAAGACGAUGAGCAAAAGAAAGGAAGCAAAUGA